GAAAGAGACAGAGGGCCCCCGACGACCGGCCGGCGAGCCGCACCACCAUGUACUCCAAACAGGAGUUCCGGGAGCAGUACUGCAUCAACACCAAACAGCUGGACCUGCUGGAGCUGGAGAAGUCCAAGAAGGAGCGAUUCCUCGGCUGCCUCUCACAGUACCACAUCGAGAGCCCCUGCUCCAGAACUAAUAGAGCAUCAUUUCUAUCCGUGUGUGUCCGUCGUCGAGUGCCCUCGGAUGAGAAUCUCAACACCGAUUAUGCGCCCAUACAGCGUUAUCCAAGGUUCGGGCAGCCUGCCCCGGUGCCUGCCGAGGUGUGUGCGCAUGACGCAGACCUGGAAUGCUCCUACUUCCGCCGGCGGCCACGCAGCGUGUGCGCCCAGCCUGACCCCAAACGCUACACCUGGAUGCCAGAGGAUGAAGACUUCACCCGGAUGGAGUGGCCACAAUCGGUAAUAGAAGAUAACGCGGGGUGGCCGCAAACUUAUAACGUAGACCAGAUCGCCUCCGUUAGCAGGGGUGGCUCCCUGCCUAGACCCCCUUCUAUCAUACCAACGAAGCACGUCUCAUUCGCCCGGUCGCACACUUUGACGACUUUCGACGACUCUGUCAUGCCAGCCGCAGUCGGCGGCAGCAGGUUCCGGCGAGACUGCGAGCGACUGAUCGACGGACGACUAGUUAAGCCGGAGAACAAACCGUACGCAACACUGCCAGUGAUGUUCCAGCCGUUCCCGCCAUACCCGCCGUACAUACCGGCGCAGCCGACGCCGAUCCACUACCCGCCGAUGACGCCGAUACCCACCCACGCGCCGGCGCCGCAGAGGCAAGCCGAAACGCCCAAAGUUGUAGUGCUAGAUUCAAUUAAGAAGGGAGUUAUGAGGACACAAGCUACACAGACUGAAGUAUGUUUAGGAAGAAAACCUUUGCCGCCUAACUAUUUAUCUUUAAGUCCUCGAACUAUUAAAAGGGUAAAAAUGGUGGCUGCUGGCGUUCAGACUAAUGGUUAUACUGUAGGAACUCGUAGGUUAACAAAAUCGUUUUCUGAAGUUGGAGGUGAAAGGUUAGCUGAUUCACAAAGUGAAAUCACUGCUACAGUUGAUAGUAUUUUAGGUAAUGAACAUGAGCGAUUACAUAGAACACAAUCGGAAGAACCACCAAGGUCUCCUAGAUCACCGACAGUAGCUAUGCAAACUUCUCCUAUUUUGCAACGGAAUGAUUCUGACGAUGUAACGACGUCUUCUGUAAAAUCUAUUACGUCUUCCCAGUUUGAUAAAUCUUCAGAACUAAGCACGCUUCAAAAGCAGACCCAAGAAUAUUUCCAACAGAACUUUCAAUUCAUUCACGAAAGCGACAGGGAUGAUACUAUGGAUGACGAUAUUGAAACUAUUGAAAAAAGUAUGGCUUUAAAUAGGAAAAACUUAGAAUAUUUACAACAGGAAAUUGCUAAGGAAACCAAGUGUGAUAGAUCACUAAGGUCUAUUUUGUCUAAGAGCACCAGUGAAGCUUCACAAAAGACGAUAAAUUCUUCACAUCCAUUAUCUAAAACCUCAACAUUCCAAUCCGAACCAUCGACAGAAACUUCAGCUACUACUACGGAUGAUAGUGAGAAGAACGAAAAAGAGAUAAUAAUAGAUUUCGAGCCAAGACCCGAUGAUGAAGCCAUACCAUUUACAACCUUGCGAAGAAAAAAUAAGAGACUGCUGCAAAAAACGAUGUCAGAGGGAGAAAUUCUAAUAGACAAAAAAACAGAUGGUAUAAUUACAAAUGAGGGAGUUAAAGAUGCUCCAAUCAUGAUGUCAACUAGUCAUGAAAAUAUGACAAGGGAAGAUCAUGAAGAAAAUGGAAUGUAUAAGGAAUAUAUCGCACAAAACUACAGCCAAACACCUAUCAAAGACGAAGGAAUUUUUGGGGCAUUUGAACCAGAUGGAUCAUUUAGUUCUUCAGAUGGAAAUGCACCUUACGAAGAUUUCCAUGAAAAAUACAUUAGUUACAAGCAUGAACCAUUUAGAAUUCGAAGCGUAAGUUUUGAAGAAAAAACGGAAUGUGUCGAAAAAGAAGACAUUUCAAUAGAAUGCACAGCUAAAUCAAGUCCAGCUUCACCUGAUCCUGUUACUCAUGAUCUAAACAGUCAAAAAGUUAAAAGAGCAAUGGCAAGAAGUAACGUGAACAUGUUGACACCUUUAGAAAAGUCAUCACCGUGUGCAUCGAACGAAUCUCUUACUGUUGAUCAAAGCAGAGAUCAUUCAGAUGGUUUGUGGAAUGAGUCCCAAGCUACCGUUCUACAACUUGAUUCUGGCACGGAGAAUGGAACAGUUAUAAGUUCUUCUGAUCUUAGCUCACUGGCAACAUCACCUGGUGCGCUUGCAUUGUUAACUCCGACGUCAAGAAGAAAACAACUUUUACUGUUACAACAUCAGCAACGCUCUUCGUUAGACACAGAUGCACUAGAUGAAGAAUUAGAUGCGUCACAGAGUCAGUCUCCAACCUCUCCUCGUAAUAAAUUAGAUCCAUCAAGUCCAAGUUUUGUUCACCAAACACGAGCAUCUUUAUCACCACCAGCCGUCGUACCAAAUAUAACUUUACCUAUUACUAAGCAACCUACGACAUCUAAGGUGUUAUCUCCUACAACGCCACUCAAAGCUAGUCAUACUCCAGCCAUUGCCAUUACCCAUCCGAGUUUAGAUUUAACAGAUGUACCAUUCAAGAGGACACCCAGUUUUAUAAACAAAAAACGAGAAAGAGCACUAAGUCCAUCUAGGAGAAGAGACUUGCAAAAAAAGAUGCAACAAAAGGAACCAAAUGGUAAAAUACCAAACCAAAUAAAAGAGUCCCCUGCAGAUAUUCCGUUAGCUAAGGCUGCUGGUAGUGAAACAAGUUUAGCUAGGACAGAUUCUGGAAAGUUUACAACGGACGUAUCAGAAAGCACAACUACUACUGAAGAUUAUGUGACUGCUAAUUCUGAUAGCUCCAAAAAAAGUAAUAAAAAUCAAACUAAUAAUGGUGAAAGCAAUAAUAAAGCUCAAGAAGGGUCAUCAUUCGAAAGUGCUUCAAGUUUGUACUCAUCAACUAAAACAGAUAAUGUUGCCGAAGACUUGAUUGUUCCAAGUUUUUCACCUCCUUUAGAAAUUCGAGACGAUUUUAUAGUACCUAAUUUAUCAUCACCUCCAUUACCUUUACCAGAACGAAUAUCUAAGCCUUCAGUUGAAAGAAUCGAAGUAAAAGCUGAUAUCACACCUAUUGUGGAUCAAAGCAGAAGACAAAAGACUGAAUUUAAUAAAUCAAAGGAAUCUUCGUCAAAAUCGGUUAGUUCAUUACGUGAUACAAUAAGUGGAAAAAGUAGUUCUAGUGGUAGUUACAGUAUAUCUGGAUCAAAUCCUAAUGUUACUGAGGAUGUUAGUGAAAAACCUGUGGCUGUAGCGAAAACUAAGGAAGCAUUAAAUAGUGUGCCAGAAAAGAAAGAUUUAAGUAAUAAAUCAGAGGAAAAAAGUAGCAAAAAAUCACAAGAAGAACAAUUAGUUCCUAAGAAAGUGAUGGGAUCACUUUCAGAUGACGAAAGAAGUGCACAUUAUUCAUCUUCCGGAUAUUAUGAGAGUCCUGUUGAAGAUGACGACGAUGGUGGAUUAACAUAUAAGCAUUCACAGAAAUAUAGAUCUUCAAACAGACCUAAGAGUUGGUUAUCCGAAGAUAAACGAAAGAAAAGGAAAGCUUUUAUGUUGGAAUUCUCAAAAUCUUGUGACGAUGCGAUAUCAUCGUCGCAAGAUAAAUGGGAUGAGAGGGAAGAAUUUGAUUCUACUAGCCACGUUUCUGAAAAUAGUGUAAUUAAAUGUCCCAAUAUGAAGUCCCCACAGGAAGAAAAACCAAAAGAAAGUAGAAAGAAGAAAACGCAUUUUGCUCAGUCGUCACCUCGGGAUCCCGAUAAGCACAUAGAAAGAAGUAUAAAAGAUAAAGAUGGUAGAGAGCGAACUGUAAAAAGAACUAAAUUUAAAGCGAAAAGUCCUACACAAAGUAAAAUUUUUGAUAAUAAUCAUAGACCGUCCUAUUAUGAUAGAAGAGAAUCAGUUGGGUCCAACAUUAAGUUACAUCUGAAUAUUCCUACGUCUGAUGAUUCUAGUGAAUAUAAAGCAGAAAGAGUCAGUAAUGGAAAUAUUUCACCCAGAAAGUACAGGCGAAUACGAGAAAGUCCAAGGAAGAAAACCGGAUCUAAUUCAAAUUCAAAAUCUCCUACGUCCAAUUAUAAUUUCGGAUAUCGCCCUCGAAGGAAAAGUGGCUCUAACGAAAGCAUAUCCUUACCUGGAAGUCUUCCAAGAAGAAAACAAUCUAUUCCUACUUUACCUUGUGUGAGUUCCUUAGAAGCCGAAGAUGUGGUAUGCUGUCGUAAAGAUUCCGGGGAACAAGGAAAACUAACUCCUUUGCGAUAUAUCAAAAGCCCGGUUUCUCCGAAACAUGGACGAAAGCUCGAUAAAGACGGAAAAUUUGCCAAGGCGGCCUCAGCAGAGUCCCUACGUUCCGUUUCACCAGGGUCAGAUUCUGUAUUCUAUUCAGAACAUACCGAACAGAGCUUGGCCGGAGAGGAUUGUGAUGCCAAAGCGCACUGUCUGCACUGCGGCAAAGAAGUGCACAUCGUUACCGCCUCCCAUGAAUAUGAGAGUGUUGAGUCCAGAACUUCUCAUACUGAUGAGUCAUUCGCUGAUGCAACACCAGAUAUAGUGCCUGCACCGGCAGGUUUCGCAGAUUCUCCCUCGUGUAUAGACAACAAAAAACACGUCAGUGGCGCAAGACUGUACAAAAAGUUAGAUAAACGAUACCGCUCAGAAGACAAAACAAGGCAUUCGAAUCGGUAUAGAUCGGAUGUUAGAGCAAAGUCUGAAGAAAGAGGGAAAGAAGAAUACGCUGACAUAGAAAAACCAGAAGACACGCGCAUUGCAAGAUCAGCGGGGAACAGUCUUGAUAAACUGGCGUCAAAUUCUGGUGCUGAUCCUGACGAACAAGAGCAGUGUUCCGGUUCCGAAGACGGUGAAACCACUCGCGAUGAGAAAGGGGUGUACGCGACGCCAUGGUGGUGCGGCAACUGGAUCCUCAUCUCUCCCAACGAUGACAGCUGGUUGAGAAUACCACCAGACACCGUGGACUUCACCGGCGGCGAAGACCCAACGGAAUCGGAGACGGAGUUCAACAAACGCUACGUGUCUCUCUCACAUCGACUCGUCCAUAGACUGGCUAUCGUGGAGCAGACGAAGCGACAGGCGAACAGCACCUUCAAGAGCGACAAAACGGUGAUAGUCCGGCGUGCGAACGACGAGUUCGGCUUCCGGAUCCACGGCAGCAAGCCGGUGGUGGUCUCCGCGAUCGAGUCCGACACACCCGCUGAGACCUCAGGGUUGGAGGUCGGAGACCUCAUUAUUGCAGUUAAUGGGAUCAACGUUUUAAACAAAACACAUUCAGAAGUGGUUAAAAUAGCACACUCUGGCUCCGAAUUCCUGCAGUUGGACGUAGCCCGGACAUCAGAUGUAGUAGCAUCAUUAGCCCACGAAGGUGCUCCAGCCGUACUAUACAGCGGGUAUCUAUGGCGGGCGACCAGUGAUGGCGAACCGCGCUGGACCAGACGGUGGUUCGUGCUGAAGAGAGACAACUGCCUGUAUUAUUAUAAGACGGACUCAAGCAUCCAUCCAGUUGGUGCUCUCAUGCUGGUCAAUUACCAGCUAUCAGAGGAAUCGUCGGAGCGUCCGCACGGUUUCCGGCUGCAACGUGGUGGUGGAACGCGGCUGCAGCUGGCUGCUGAUACCGCAGAGUCCUCAGCAAGAUGGCGAGCGGUGCUGGCGCAUGCUAUUGACGCUAGUAACCAGCGCGACGGCUGGCUGGACAUAACCAUGAGGAACAUGAAGGUGCCACCGUCGUCGAUCCCACGACCGGACUGUUUCGGCUACCUCAUGAAGCUCGGCUCCAAGUGGAAGUCCUGGGCCAAGCGCUACUGCGUGCUGAAAGACGCCUGCCUCUAUUUCUACAACGAUGGGAACAGCAAGAGUGCUUUUGGUAUGGCAUGUCUACAUGGCUACCGAGUGCUGACAUGCUCGGCCGGCUCCAAGAAAUACGCUUUCGAGGUGGCACCUACAGAACCGAAACAACGACACUUCUAUUUCUACACCGAGUCCGAAAUGGAUAAACGAAGGUGGAUGUCAGCGUUAGAAUACUCCAUAGACAGAUGGAUGAAGGCCGGUUGACGAAAACACUUCAUGACAGAUUCUUUCGAGUUUAUAUGACACAAAUAUAGAUUUAUCUAUUAAGUUAUAUUUAUUUGA